GCGUCGUCACUGUAGAAACAUCAAGUGGUAUAGGUACACACGUUGCAUAAUCUGUAAGAUAUUUUUAGGAAUUUUUAGGAAAACGAAUUCACAAUGGUGGAAGCUGCAGGCAAGCGAUCGUCAAUGACUUUGAGCAGGGUGCAUAAUGAUGAGAUAUGGAAAAUUCACGUACGGCAUGAGAAUGUUUCGGCAAGACACAGGUGGCCAGAGACGUGGGGAUAUCUUAUCUAUGAAUAUAAAAAGUUGAACUGUAUGCUCGCGGGUGCACCGGUUUCUCCACGUCCUCGGUCAAGCAAGAUGGCUGCCCCUGAAUGUCUAAAGUUGCCCACUAUUCCGCAGAAAAAGGUUGGAUUUCCAACGACAACGAGUCAAGAAAUAGGCUGGAAAUCAUCGAAGAAUGGACACAAUGCUCAGAUGGUUACCAAUUUUGGAGAACAAAGGCGUGGCAAAUGUACCAUUCAGCGUCGACUCAAAUGGCCUAAAAUGAUGUUUUAAUUUUUUUUAAAAAUUUACCUUUAACUAUUUUCCCAAAGUUUCAAAAAUUUGCUUUUAAAUAAUUUUUUUAACAAAAUCAGAUCAGAAUUCUUUAUGGAAAUGAGACUGGAAUAAUAAAUAUAAACAUUU